AUGAAUAAAAAGAUAGGAAUAAUAAGUGAUGUUUAUCAAGAAAAGAUGAUGGAAUGUUUUGAAGAUGUAUAAAAUUAAAUAGAAGUAAUAUUUGUGAUUAAUCAAUUUAUUAGUCUUCAUUCAACAAAGUGGACUCUUAUUUAGAUUCACUUCUUAAUGAUACUUCUCAUUCUUUCAAUGUGAAUACUUUUUAACUACAUCCUUUUGUACCUCCUUCAAUUCAAUUUCACAAUUCGAACUUUCUUUAGUCAUUAUAUUAAGUCAUAUAACCAUUAAUCAAACUUAAUAUUAACAAUUAAUUAGAACUCAAACAUCAAUCAUUAAAUCAAACUACUCAAUUAAAUCUCAAACCAUUCACUUAUCAAUUAAUCCCAUAAUAUUCAAUUUAAUAAACUCAAACGUGUUUUGCAAUAGCUAUUAAUAAAGAUUGUUCAAUAUUAUUGGCUGGAUGUUAUAGUCAAAUAAAAGUAUUUGAAUUCAAGUAAGGAAUCACCAAACAAACUUAAAUUUUAAGUGAUCAUAAGAAUUAAGUAUAUACUUUAAACUUCAUGAAGAAAUCAAAUUAGUUUAUAUCUGGGAGUUGUAAAUCUAUGAUUAUAUGGUAAUUAAAUUACAAUAAUUAAUGGAUUUCAUAAUACAUAUUAAAUGGACAUACUCAUUAUAUUAUGUGUCUAAUAUUAAAUAACAAUGAAGAUUUAAUUGUAUCAGGAAGUGAUGAUAAUACAAUUAAAUUUUGGAUGAAUAAGAAUGAAUGGUCCUGUUAGUAAACAAUUAAAGAUCAUUCUGGUUCAGUAUUUNUUUGCAUUAUUUUUCAAUAGAUUAUUGAUUUUUUGUGA